GUCCGUUGUCUUGUCACCUGAGCCGAGUCACUCUUGGUUCGACUUUCGACACCGGAAUACGCAACGAUGCAUUUCAAUUUUUCGGAGACUCAACAGCGGAACCCACUGCAUCCAUUUCACUGUUAUUGGAUACAGACAGCAAAAUGGAGCAGCCGCCUGAAGUUCACGAUGAUGGUCAAUACUCGUAGCCGAAGAUCUUCUCAAUCGCCCACUUCCUGUUUUGCCUCCGACGCAUCAGAUCAAGUUCCUCCUUACUCCACCCUAGAGUUUCUCAAGACAAUGAUUGCUCGCAUUACCGUAGCCUUCGCUGGUCUCGUAGCUGUCGUCUCCGGUGCCUGCUCGACUCCCUCAUUCGGCAACUGUGGCUCUGAUGCUGCCGGCGUGAGCUGCUGCCAGAGCACGCAGUACUGCCAACCUUGGAACGCCAACUACUACCAGUGCCUCGAUCUCCCUGCUAAAUGCGCUCAGCAGUUCCCGAACGUCGACUUCAAUGGAGACGACAUCCAGACCAUCUACGGCAUUCAGCCCGGAGAAUGCUGCACGCGCUGCAGCGAGACUGCUGGUUGCAAGGCCUACACCUUCGUGAACAGCAAUCCGGGCCAACCGGCGUGCUACCUGAAGAGCGGCACUGGUACAAGGACGCCCUCGGUUGGAGCAGUCUCGGGCAUCUUGACGGGAACGUCAACAACCCCGACGCCGACCCCAACAAUGACGCCAACGCCAACGCCGACGACAUCAUCGCCAACCUGCACCACGGCACCGUAUGGCUCCUGUGGCUCCAGUAACGGAGCUACGUGCUGCCCGAGCGGCUACUACUGCCAACCAUGGAACGACAGUUUUUACCAGUGCAUCCAGCCGCCAGCGAAAUGCUCGAAACAACUCACCGACAAGGACUACUACGGCAACGACAUUAAGACCGUCUACGUGAGCCUCCCGUCGCUUUGCUGUGAUGCCUGUGCUAGCACGGCAGGAUGCAAGGCGUACACGUACAUCAACAACAACCCCGGUCAGCCUGUGUGCUACUUGAAGAGCGCUGCGGGAACUGCCACCACCAAGAUCGGUGCUGUGUCGGGGACUCUCAACUAAGUUGAGACAGAAAGCAAACAGCUUGUAGUUUCCAAUCUAACGCAAGCUCACGGUUGCCUCGUAGUGUUAAUUUCUUUUUUUCGAUUGAAAAAGCAACCAGCUCGAAUACACGCAGUUCAUUUUGCCAAUAACAUAGUAUGCUAUUAUCGUUUCCGACCUUCCGUCAAAAAAAAAAAAAAAAAAAA